UCGCGCGCAGUCCGAACAUCCGUUCAAUGGCUGGUGGGCAAGAAAAAUGGUAUUUUACAAAAGAACAGCUACAGAAUUCACCAAGCAGAAAAUGCGGUUUAGAUGCAGAUAAAGAGUUAGCUUAUCGGCAGCAGGCCGCGAAUCUAAUACAGGAUAUGGGACAGAGGCUUCAAGUCUCUCAACUAUGUAUCAACACGGCGAUAGUGUACAUGCAUCGGUUCUACGCCUUCCAUUCGUUCACACAGUUUCACAGGAAUGCCAUAGCUGCAGCAGCUUUGUUCCUGGCUGCGAAGGUGGAAGAGCAGCCAAGGAAGCUGGAAUAUGUUAUAAAAGUGGCCCACGUAUGCCUCCACAGAGGUGAGGGGGUGAACGCUCUGACACCUGAACAGUAUCAGGAGCAGGCGCAGGACCUUGUGUUCAACGAGAACGUUCUGCUACAGACAUUAGGUUUCGAUGUAGCGAUCGACCACCCCCACACGCACGUUGUGCGAACGUGUCACCUUGUAAAAGCGACCAAAGAUUUGGCUCAAACAUCAUAUUUUAUGGCAUCAAACAGUCUCCAUUUGACAACAAUGUGUUUGCAGUACAAACCGACGGUUGUAGCGUGUUUCUGUAUACAUUUGGCCUCUAAAUGGAGUAAUUGGGUCAUCCCACAAUCGUACGAGGGCCGCCACUGGUUUUCGUAUGUAGACAAGACUGUUACAAUGGAACUAUUAGAAAAAUUAACUGGAGAAUUUCUUCUUAUAUUUGAGAAAUGUCCAUCUAGAUUAAAAAGGAAGAUGAUGAAUGUUAAAGCUGCCGAUGGCAGUUCUCCCGCCUCGUUACCUCAGCACGGCUCUGGUGCGAACCAGGCCUCACCAUUUGACAAGAAGCACGGACAACAUUCGAGCACUAGCGAUGAAAUAGAUAAAUCAUUUGAUAAAGAAUAUGAACGUGAAAGAAGACGUCAACCGGUGCCGGGAAGUUAUGUCCCCGCACCGUCCGCCGCGCCACCUGCGCAACCACCUCCCCAGAAACUGGAUUACAAUCAAUACCGGGAGAAGAGGGAAAGAGAGGAACGGGAGCGAAGGGAAGAGAAAGCGAGACGGGAACAAUUGCAUCAACAGAGGCCUAAUGCUCCACAGCAGAGGCCUAGUCAACCUCCACCCCACCAUCAGCGACCUCAUCAUCACAAACCGCACCAUCCAUGGCCUCCGCAGAAACCUCAUCAACAGAAACCACCUCACGAACAUAAUAGACAUCACAGGCCGAUGCCGGCGCCCUCAACGUCGGCUUCGGGGUCUGCGUCCGCCUCGUCGAGUCAAUCCGUCCAAGAGAUACCGCAGAGAACGCGGCCUCCGUCAUUGUUCUCUCCGGAGAAUGCCACCACACCCACAGCAGCGGCCGCCGCGGCUCCCAGGCGACCGCAGCCCCAACCACAACCCCAACCCCAAAUACAACCUCAACCCCAAAGCCAGCACCCACCAACGCAACCGCCUCAGUCGCAGCCCCCGCGACCCAAGCAUGAACCCCGACAUAACCCGCCGCCCGUAUUGAUACAAGAACAAAGACCGCCCAGUCCGAGGAAGAGGCCCGACCCUUCUGCGGCGAUCAAAGAAAUGCAACCUCCCGCCAUCUUAUCCCCCUUCUCGUCGCCGCCUUCCAUAGAGCAGCCUAAGCCGAGGCAGAGACAGCAUUCUAAUUCGGAACCGGAACUGGUGCCCGUCAUGAAGAAAAUAGACGAGACCCCUGGCUACGAAAAUAUUAUGAAAGAAAAUCAAAGAAUUAUCAAGAAUAAAGUAUCGGAGAGGAAACCUGAGCCUCCUCCCCGAGCACUUAAUGGCAUAGAAACUGAUCCCACUCUAGUUUCUAAUUUACUGAAGGAGAGUCUCGCGAAACCCGUUCCGAUAUCGGUUCCCACAGAAAAGAAAUCUCCAAUAGAAGUCAAAAGGGAGGUGGUCGAACCUCCCCCUCCUCCCGCUCCCGUCCAAGCCCAACCUGAAUUGAUACAGCCUCCAGAUCAGGCUGACCAGAAACACAAAAAAGACAAAAAGAAAAAAGAGAAACACAAACACAAAGACCGAGACAAAUCCAAAGAAGAGAGAAAGAAACACAAAAAGGACAAAGAAAAAGAGAAAAAGAAAGAUAGUCCGCCUCCUGUCGAAACUCAGGACGGCACCUUGCGGAUAACGAUACCGAGGGACAAGCUGUCCACCAGCCCGGGACAAGGACUCAAGAUCAAGAUCCCGAAGGAACGUCUCGCUGCUCCGCCUCCCCCGCCUCAGCACCCGCCCCCUCAAGCCGGCUUGAAGAUCAAGAUUUCCAAGGAGGUGUUGGAAAGUUCCCGCAAGCGAGCCGCCCCGCCCGAGCCCGGGCUGCCCAGCAAGCUGCCGCGACACAACGGAGCGCCGCACCACAAGGUCGUCGAGUCAGCGAUGGGGAACGGGCACUCUGGCAAGUGACGUCACAACACAGCCCGCGAUAGCACUGCGUGUGUCGACGUUCCUCGGCCAACAACUAACGGACCUCACUAGUGUAGUGUAACGGGUUUCUGUUUUUUUUUUUUUAAUAUGACGCAGCUGGCGGCGACGGGAAACGGUUGACAUUAAGAAAAAAAAAAAAAACGUUUGACAUUACGAUUAGACUUGACGUUUUCAUUUUUUUCGGUUCGUUGCUUAGUUGGAUGUCAGUCAUCAUGGUAACAAACCGAAGUUAAUGGAUUGACGGGGUGCGGUCGACGAUGUUAACGCCACGUUCGUAUCCCGUCGCGUUGGCUGCGUCACUGUGUAACACAUUUUAUUAUUAUUUUAACGUUGUCUGACUGCGCGAUUUUGGCUCGUUCGAAUACUGAAUGUUUUUUUUUUUUUUUUAUUCACGGCCUUGCCUAUCCAAAGACGGCUUGCCAAUGAAGCCUUCGUUUUUUUUUAUUGUCUUUGUGCGGCUUGGCCGUUUCCGUCGUGACAUCGUACGGAAACGGCGCCAGUCAGAAUUUUCAUAUCUGUGUACAAAUUGUGAAUAUGUUAUGUAUGUAUGUACCAGUGAUAGUUUUUUUUUUUUUAAGAAUAUAGACUGAUCGAAUGCUUAGAGCCAAAAUCGUUAUGCAUUAAUACGAGCGCGGUACAGUCGCCUACGAAAGUUUUUUUUUUUGUAUUUAUUUCGUCGACGACUGUACAGGUGCGGGGAUGCUAGCUAACAGAACACGGUUAAUGUUUAACGCCAAUAAACGGGCUCUUAGAACCGAAUAAAUUAAAAAAAAGUUAAAAAUAAAAAUAAACAAAAAUAAUAGUGUUACUACCCCCUGUAAAUAAAUAAACGCCGCCUCGCCGUGUCCGACGUCACGCGAGUGUUGCAAGACUUAGAUAAUUAAUGUGCCGUUUUUUUUUCUUCUUUAAACGAAUUUUAAAAAUGCUGGAUUUUGAUUGGCAGUGUCGUUUAUUAUUUUUGGGAAUUGUUUAAAAAAAAUUUUUUUAUCUCAAAAUACUCAACGAUUAUCGCUGCCUCUAGAUUUGCUUUGGCAAAAAUACAAAUAAAAGUUAUCUCUAUAUGAUAUCUAUAUAUAUGAAAGUUCAAGCAUUUAAUGUGUAACCCUGCUUUUUUUUAGUAAAACAAAAUAAUCUAUAAAUUUUAAACGACAUUACUCGUGCGCUCUAACUUGGUUUAAAAAUAAAUAUAUUAAUAAAAAAAACUUGAUAUUACGAACAUUCGCUUCGAGUGUGAUUGAAUUUGUGUGUUAUUAAAAAUAUUAUAAAAUAAUUGAUGAUCAAGCCCUCAAUGCUUUUCCGCUACGGUCAGCAAAAUAAUGUAUAUUAUUUAUAGUCAAAUAUGUGUUAAAAAAAUUUGAAGAAAACUAUAAUAAGUUAGUUGUUUGAUGGAAAUUGCGAUCUAUAGGUCUAGAUGCACGGGUUGAUUCUUUAAAAACGACGAUCAUAGAAUACAUGGCGUGAAAAUUGUUUGAGGCUUUUGGAUUGCCCGAAAAUGGACAUUUAAUUAAACUGGAUUGAUGUUGAUUUACCGUCUAUCAGCUGUAUGUAUACAAAAUAUUAUUUAUGAGAAAACAUAUGUUUUAAAUUCUCAUAAGAAGUGGGUAGUAUUUAGUUACUGGGUUAAUGUAUAAUCGUCAGGUAUAUAUUUGAAGGUAUGAGUGAAAAUAAUGUUGGUGCAUUGUACCCGCAACGUACCUCUAUAAGAUGUGGUAUCUUUUUGUUUUGUUUGCAAUAUCAAGUUUUUUUUAUUUUGUUUUUUUUUUUAACUCAAUGUACUGAGUGUAGACGGCGAACAAAAAAAAUGCAAUAUUUCGAAUUAGGGCACAAAAACUUACGCUAAUUGAUGUAAAUAGUAUUUUUAAAAUUGAGUAUAGACAAUGAGGAGGAAGCUGACGUCACUGCUGUUUUUUUUUUCGGUGCGCGAACAUAACGAGUGUUGCCAUGUGACUUACGAAAAAAGUUGAAUUAUUUUUUUAAAAUAAAUAAAAAUACAAUUUGA